AUGGCCGCUAGUGGAAGCGAUAGCAACAGAAAUGGUGAAGUAGAAAUCGGCGAAAUCAUGGAGAGAUUUGGAAAGUACCAGAUUGUUCAGUACCUGUACACGUGUAUUUCGACGAUUUUUGUUACAAUCACCCACAUAAACUAUGUGUUCGUAGCCGGGGAGCUUAACUACCGUUGCCGCAUACCUGAAUGUGAUGGAGAUUUUGCGGCUUACAACCAAACUUGGUGGCCUGCCAAUGCGACGGACAGAUGCACGAGACCAAUCUUCAAGGAAUAUAUCGGCCAGGCCUGCACCAAACAAAGCUUUGCUGGCACGUUAGAAGAAUGCACGGAAUGGAUAUACGAAACUAAUGACACUUUGAUAGCGGAGCUGAAUCUGGCCUGUCAACCUUGGAAGUCCAACAUGGUUGGCACCGUCCACAGCAUCGGCAUGCUGUUGGGAACUGUGGCUUCCGGAUGGAUGACUGACAGAUUUGGUCGCAAGCCUACUUUAAUAUUCUGCUCCGUGGGGAGCUGCCUGGGACACCUAAAGGCAUUCGUAUCGUCAUAUAAUGUAUAUAUAUUCAUAGAAGUCUUGGAAGCUGUCAUAACAGGAGGAACAUAUACAGCAGUAAUGGUUUUAAUGGUAGAAAUUUGCGGAAAGGAGAAGAGACUGCUGUCUGGUUUACUUUUCGCUUAUGCCAUCUACAUGGGCGAAUCGGAGAGCCCGCGCUGGCAAAUACUGAACGGAAAAACAGAAGAUGCUAAAAAGGCACUGCUGCACAUAGCGAAAGUCAACAAAAGAAAUAUAGACAAACAAAAACUGGCCAAUAUGACGGACGAGGGUCUUAAAAAGGAGUUCAAAAUAGUGAACUAUCAACAGAAAGAGACAUCCGCUGACGCUUUCAAAUCGAAAGAGAUUAUGAAGCGUUUGUUCAUAGGCGCUUUCUGCAGAUUUUCGGCGAGCUUUGUCUACUACGGCCUGAUGGUGAACUCCGUGUUCUUGCCGGGGAAUAGAUAUACGAAUUUCAUGUUGGCAUCGUUAAUGUCGUAUCCCGGAGAGCUAUUGGCACUGUAUCUGAUGAAUAGGUUUGGCAGGAAGCUUCCGCUGGUUUGCGGGUACAUCGCAUGUGGGCUGCUCUGUGUUACAUCGGUAUGUUUCCCUGAAGAUUACACGUGGUUAAAAACUACGUUCUUCCUGAUCGGUAAACUGCUGGUGUCUGGUUGCUUCACGGGUGUAGUCAUGUACACUAUGGAACUCUUCCCUACGAACGUCAGGGGCACACUGAUUGGUAUAUGCGCGCUCACGUCCAGCGUUGGGAACGUGUUGGCGCCCCUAACCCCAAUACUGAAUACAGUCUCAAUAAUUCUUCCGUCGAUACUCUUCGGCUGUCUUGCUGCUAUCUCCGGGUUCCUCCUUCUCAACACGCCAGAGACGAAAGACAUGCCGCUCAUGGAUACAAUAGAACAAGUGGAGACUAGCGUCAAAAAUUCUCCAAAAAUAUAUAACAGAUCCGUGAACGGUGAAGACAAUCCAAGCUUCGAUAAAAACGAUGUUAUG